AUGGCGAAGCCCAUCCCAUUGCGCGCAAAGCUCGCCCGGCGCUUCUACGAGCCUAUCCUCCUCGAGGUAGCUUUGAAGAAGAUUCGACCGCAGCAGAGCUUCUCUGCCACGCAGCACGAGCCCAAUACAAUGAGAGAUAACGUCGACAGCGCAGAACAGACUUUUAAGUGUUUUGUCAACCGGCUUGCUCAAGUUUGCGACAACAAACGCGGCGAGAACGGAUCUACUGUUACCGGCAUUGCGGUGCUGGAAGAACCCGAGGGUGUUCACUAUAUCAUAGGGUCUAACAACCGCAAAGCAUCAAAGUUGCCCGAGGUUAAGCUCUUUGUGGAGCAGCUACUCGAAAUUGUAGCAAAAUCUACAGAGCAACCUGCGAGCAAUGGAUCUCAAGUACACAGAGAAGCGCUGUGGCAUAUCCUCAAAUUCGACGGAAACCGCGUCCGAUUUUACCUUACCAGUACUAUCGUAUAUUUGGAGGAAUGCAUUAGUGACUAUGAUAGGCGACAUGGCCAAAAUUCGUUGUCAUCGGAAGCCGCAAGGUUUAAAUCUCAGCUUUCUAAACUCACAGAAUUGGUCAAGUUCGGCAACGACAAACAGCUGGAGGAUCCGCAAUACUUUGCUGCUUGUGAAAAACUCUUCUUAUUCCUUCACGAGGCUCAACGUCGGAAAUUUGGAGACUCGAUUUCAGAGCAAGCAAGAGAAGGCGAGAUGGACAACUCCAAGCCGUGGUUGGAGCUUCGCCACUUCGUUGGUCGCUUGCAUUCAUAUUACCUCGCUGUCGAAACAAUAAUUCGCGCGAGCCGGCUCUGGGAUCGACUGUUCCACGAGAUCAAGGUGACGGUAAUUCCAUCAGCGACUAUGAUCCCGCAUCCGUUAAACAAAAAGCGACCAAACGCAUCCGAAAUAAUUGGAAGAAUGAGUUCUUCCGCAGAAAUAAUAGAAAGACACCGGUCUAUGGCUGAACAGCUGCAAGUUCUCGAUUUGGAUGUAAAGAUUUUGGAGGGGUGCAACUCUGCCUCCCUGACACACAUGGUUCAUGCUGAAGUUCUUGUCCUGGACUACGUACUGAACUACCUGCGUGACAAUGCUGAUGUCGAAUUCUGGCACAAAUGGCGAUAUGUCGGGAGCAGCAAGCCAACUUGCCGUCUUUGCAAUUACUAUUUCGAGAAACAUCCAGAGGGAGUGCAAGCUCGCGAGUCACACAACAACCUCUAUCCUCAUUGGCGCGCCCCUGAUGUUUUUGACAAGAAGGCCAUGGAUGCGACAGAAGGGCUACUAAUCGAAAUAAACAAGAAAAUCAGAGUAACUGCGGCACGAUUGCUUGAAGAUCAAGUAUUGCAAGGCAGAAAGCAUGAUUCCAAUUCGUUCUCCAAACAACCGUGGCGAACGGAUCAGAAGACUGACCCCAGUGACCUCACUUCCAGAAUGGGAGGCUUGUCAAUCGGAAGUGUGUCGAUUCCUAAUACCAUUGAAGAAGAGGACAAACGAAGCCCUGCUGGAGAACCAGACGACGAAGAAGAGGAGGGUGGCAUAAUUGUGUUCCGUGGACGUAAGACGCGCCCGUCUCGAAGUUAA